UCCACAGCUUAGUUCCAGUCUCACAAAUCCCUCAUAAUCUGCAAAAUGGCUUUCAAGUUCGUCGCACUCGUCUCCCUCAUUGCUGCCGUCUCGGCUGGCCUUAUUCCUGUGGAACACCAUGAGCAGCCCCAGCUUUAUCAAGCUGCAGUGCCCCAGCAGCAGGCACAUGUGAUCUACCAGAAGCCUCACGACAUCCACGGACACGCCCACGCCCAUGAGGUGUAUCCUGAUGAUCCCCAUCCCAAGUACAAUUUUGCCUAUGAUGUGCAGGAUGCCAUCUCUGGUGACUCCAAGAGCCAGGUGGAGUCCCGUGACGGCGAUGUGGUCCAAGGCGAGUACUCCCUGGACGAUGCUGAUGGUUUCCGUCGCACCGUGAAGUACACAGCUGACUCAGUCAACGGUUUCAAUGCCGUCGUACAUCGCGAGCCCCUCACCCACACACACCACAAGCUGGUUGCUGCUGCUCCAGUCGCACCUGUGCAGUACCACCAUGCGGCACCGACAUCUGUGCUGAAGACACCCGUCUCCUAUUCUGCUCCUGCCUAUGUUGCGCCCUAUGCGGCCCCGGCACACACCUACAACGUUCACCAGCACGAGCCCCAGCACCAGCAGCACCACGAGCAACACUAUACCACAUAUGAGGCACAAGCUCCAGCCACACAUGAUGCCCACAAUUACUACCAUCAUUAGAGCUCCGACCUGCGCCGACGAAAGUAUUAAUGCAUUCUC